AGAAAUCAAGGAUGAGGAGAGGAGAAGAGAGAUACAAGAGGUGGAGGAGAUAAAGCAAAAGCAGAAGGAGAGAAAGAAAAACAGGAAAAGUGAGGACGAGGAAACAAGAAUAAUGGAUGUCAAAAACAAUGUGACAGAGGUUUCUGGAAGGAAGAUGACUGAAGAUCAAAAGACAAAAAAUAAAGAAAUAAGAAGUAUUAAGGAAGAAAAGAGAAUAGAUAACGGAGGUGAGGAAGAGACGACAAGAAAGGAAAUUGUGAGAAAAACUACAGAGCAUAAAAUGGAAAGAAAUGAGGUAGAGCAAAGAGAAAAGCCCGAGAUGAAGAAAAAGCUGUUGAAUAAAGACAUCAGGGGAAAAGAUGAGAAUAAAAGAAUAGAUGACAAAAUGCAACUCACGGAAAGUGAAGAAAAGAAAAAGAACGAUGAGGAGAGUUUGGAAAAUCAAGAUAUGAUGAGGAAGGAGGAAAAGACUAAAACAAACAAAGAAGAGCUGAUUACAAUGAGAAUGGAAGAAAUGAAACAGAAUGAAGAACAAGAACACAGAAACACAGAUGAAGUAAUAAAACUCAAGCCAGAGAUUUGUGAGAAUAAAGACCAGAACACAAAAAUGGAACAUGAGAGGAAAAAAGAUAAAGAAAAGAAGCAAGAAGAGUUGCAGAAACACCAAGAGGGGCUUAGUAUAGGAAAAAAGAAGGAUGGGACGGGAAACAAGGAAGAUGCAAAGGAUUAUGGAAAUGAGGUGAAGGAAAACAUACAAGCAGAAGAAAGGAAAAUAGAAGAAGAGUUGAAAGAACGAGUCAUAAGUAAGAAUGAGCUGCGAGACAAGGAAAGAGAAAAUAGCAGCAUGCAAUCUCAGAAUACUGGCAGGAUCUCACACCCAGGAGCCAACACCACGCGGACCUCAAGUGCUGAUUCACUGCAGAGUGAAUCUACAGCUGACCCCGUCAGCUCUGAAACUGCAAAACAACAGAACCUAAACAAGAACAUCAGUCAGAUCCCUGUGUAUAAAACCAGUAACCGGCAAGAUCCUGCAAAGCCUGGCACUUCUUCUUGCUUUUUGCCUGCAGGCCUUCCAGAGCACACAGAGCAGAAGAGGCUGUUGUGGAUGAAGGAAUGCAUCCCUUGGUCUAAUCUGUCCUGCCAGAACAGGAGGAAGCAGAAAGGAUCAGUCCGGAGUAGGACAGGGCCAAGGAGGGUGGCAGAGGGUAGCAGUCUGCCCCCUCUGUGCCCACACACUCUGCUUCAGUCCACAGGAUGGAGAUCCCUGCAGGAGGUUACCAGUGUGACCUUGGAGGACUUACCUGGCUGUAGCCUUUUUACCCUUGCCCAGUGUACUCAACUUCAGUCGCUCACCCUCAGACGUUGUGGACUGAAAUCAUUGGAAGGUAUCAACCACUUACAAGAGCUCUGGUACAUUGACCUACAGGAAAAUGACAUCUCAUUUGUGGAUUGUGAAAACAUGAGCAGCUUACGAGUUCUUCAACUUGCCCACAACAAGCUGACUUCCAUCCAUGGUUUAAAUGGUGCUGAGAAUUUGGAUAUUCUUGAUCUCUCGCAUAACUCCAUCACCCGUAUUGCUGGUCUGGAGUCUGUAAGGAGGCUACAGAGGUUGUCAGUGAACCACAACCAGCUGAUCAACACCAAAGGGAUGAGAGAUGUAUAUACACUGCUCCACCUGGAUUGCUCUCACAACCACCUGGCCAACGUGGAGGGUCUGGAGAACAGUGCUCUGCUUCACACACUGGAUCUAAGAGGAAACGGCCUUACUGAGCCCCCGAGUCUGAACAACCAGGUCCUCCUCAGAGAGCUAUAUCUGGAUGACAACAGCGUCUCCUCCCUUCACGGCCUCGCUGCCUGCUGGCUUCCUCUAAUGCAGCACCUCUCUGCAGCUCAAAACGGAAUUACUCAGCUGCCCUCCAUGUCUAAUUUUGUGUCCCUUGAAAAUCUGGAUCUUAGAUACAACUGCCUGUCAGACCUGCAGAAUGUGUGUGAAAAUCUUGAGGGAUGUCAGUUCCUGCGUGAAAUCCACCUCACAGGGAAUCCUCUUCAGCAGGAGAGUGGCUGGAGAUCCACACUACAGAAAUCAGUGCCUGGCCUUAGAGUCAUUGAUAGCCAGGAGACAGAUUCCUUUUUCUUGCCUCCAGCUGUUCAGCAGGUCAGCUCGGCCUCAGACUGCUUCCUAACUUUCUGCCAGGCUCAGCUUCAGCAGACUCAGAAUUUACAGCAGCAUCACAGCAGGGAGCACAGCAGACUUGCAUUUCCCUUUAAUGAUGUGCAAAGCUUCUGCCGGCACUUCAGUAUGACUCUGAAGCUGGCUGAGGACCAGAGAUUUGCCCAUGAAUAUGGUGAGACCACUGUGUCUGAUGAACACUGGGCUGCAAGUCAAACAGCGCCUGAGAAAACACUGGAUAGUGUCAUUGGUGAAGAGCUUAUGGAUUGCCGAGAUAUAGAGUCCACUAACAAAUUACCACCAGUCUUUCCAAAUAGAGACAUCAUGAGAUGCAGCUAUUGGAAUUUUGAUGAGACUCCAGCUACAGAGAGUCACUAUGACACAUUUGGCCCAAAACAGGGUCCAGCGACCUUCUUCAGUGAUGAAAAAGCAUCUGUCUCCAGCCAUCAAGACUUAAACCUCAAAAACACAGCAGCAGUUGUGAUUCAGCAAUGUUGGAGGAAAUACAAGCAGAUAUGUGGGAACAUUAAUGCUCCCCCCAUCACAGAGAAAGGAGGAGAAAGAGGAGGAGAUGGAGGAAAGCCAGAGUCAAGACUUUGCUAUAUUAAUAGGAGCACUGCUGGCAAACACUAUGCGGCAACUGUCAUCCAGGCAUUCUGGAGGGGCUACUCUCUGAGGAGGAGGCUCACAUCUGCUCUUGCUGCUGUGACAUGCCCCAGUGUUGGAGAGGAUGACACCUUUGAGGAGGUGGACAUAGAUGAAUUUGUCUUUGAUGAGGCAGCUUUGGAGGAACACUGCACACUGAUGCUUUCUCAGGACUCGUCUCCCAGACACCAACUUGUGUCAGAGCAGCAAUUAUCUACGAAGCCUCCUGGGCCCUGUCUUGAUCCCUCCCAGGACAUACUCCCCCUACCAAAGCACGCCUGGAUGGCUGGGGAACAUGUGGACGGUUCUAACAGAAACACAUCUCCUACUUCCACCUCAGCGCUUAGUGGUCUCUCUGAAAGAUCAGAAAAGAUUCUAGAAGAAUGGGGCUUUACUGACAGCCACACAGCACUUCUGCUGCUGAGGAGAGCUCGGAAGAUGAAGUCAAAGAGACAACUGCAAAAGAAGCAAAGGGAUCCCUCCGUCCGACUUGCCUUGUUCAGAAAUUGUAAUUACCAGCUUGGUCCAGCGGAGGCACAAAACACAACAGCACGAUACAACAGAAAUUAUGCAAAAGCUGGUGGGGCUAAGACGGGCCAUCAGCAGGCAGAGAGGACAGAGCAAGUUAAACAAGAUCAAACUCAGCAGUGGCUCCAUACCCAGGCCACUCAUGGGCAUUCAGACAGUGAUCAUUUCUUACCGGACAUAAACUCAUCCAUUCUGAACGGAGGCAGAGUGCAGCUUGUAGCUAACCCAGCAUAUGCAGAUUGUCUAAAUCACACCAGUGGACUGUGGACGAACAGCAAUUUGGUUGGCCAGGGUUGCAAAGUGAACAGUUAUACCCGUAGAACCUCCUCCAGUCAUGCAAGAAAAGAAGUCCCAUCUCCCGUGCGAGUCACGUCUGUCCCGUCAAAAAAGGAGCGUAUCUCCUUCCGUGACAACCCGGUUCAGCUGAGCGGUGGCUGGGGAGGAGGCAAGAAAAGGGACAGAGUGCGCAAGUAAAAACACAAAGCCUCCUUCCAGAGGUCACCACUUUUCCUGCCCUUGCUCUGCAGCCUCUAAUAGAUGCAGUUGCAGCUUUCUUAUAUGUACUUCGAUGCAUUUCGCGUCAAAAGAUUAUUAAAAUAUGCGUUGGAAGAGCUCACGUGGAUACUUUAGAAAAUUUUUAGCUAUUGAAAUUCGAUGUGAUUUUCCUUUGCCGGUCAGCUUGAUUUUUAAUGCUGUUUUAUUGCCUGCACUAAGAUGGAAAAGCAGAUGAAAACUCAAGACUCCCUUUUCUGUAAAUUAAUUAAGGCCAACAGGACUCAGACCAGCCCAAAUAUCUGCAGGCGGUUCUAUUAUGUUCAUUCAAGUAUCAAAUGCUGUGUUCUCAAGUAUCAUUGCCCAAACCUCACUGCAUCCAACUAGCACCAAAACACAUGGAACAAAGUCACAAAUGUUGAGUGGAUGACAUGCUUCAUAUGCAAAUGAUGGCAGGAAAUAAGAACCAGGACUUUUAAUGCCUGUUUCUUAGGAUGCUGUCAUUUUGUCUCCAUGCAGAUUUUAAAUACAGAUUGUAGCUAUGAGAUCAGUCUUACCCUUUUCCAAUUUUCUGUUGCUUUCUCAGAGCAGACUUUAUGAAAGUGCAGAAUUUUAGUUUGACUGCCCUGUAUUUGCGUUUAACGCUUGCUAACCAAAAGUGCACGUGAAAUGACUGCAUUUAUGUUCUCAGCACAAACGUUGGUGUUAGAUUUGCAACACUGUUUUCUUUAUCUUCUGCUGUGGGUCGUAAUGGCCUUGUCUGUGUAUUUGAAUUUGGAGAGCCAAGGCGUCCGUCCACAAACACAAGCCCUACUGAAGGCAGUGAACAUCAGGCUUGAAGGUUCUUUGCUGAAAAUGAUAAGUUAAUGAAUGUCAAAACAAAUAGUCAGAGUUGCAGAGUGGCUCCCUGGAAGGAAAUGCAUGUCGGCCUGUUUAUUUUCCUUCUGUCUUUCACUUAAGCAUGGCUUGAGGCUGUGUUUUGACUGUACACGAUCUGAUGGGGAUUUUUGUCUUGGAAAGUGGCGCAUGCCAGAGAUGUGGUGGUCCUGCCCACUUGGGGGCUGUUGUGAAACUGGAGAGCACUGUUCUCCUGCAGCAGGGAGACUGAUUCUUCUAGUUGCUUUUUUGUAGACUGUGAUCAUACCAGUACUGCAUAAGUCAAAUCUGAUGCUUUGCUUUACAGACAGGUGUGCGUGGCCUAUCUGUGCCUAUGUCUUGUCACUAGUAUUACUUGACACAAGUUCAGAUUUGCCAUUAGAGCUGUUUUCUGCAGCUUCCUAUUCUGAAGGGAUGUUGUUAAGCUGUAAUCUACCACUUUUCAUUUCAUUUGUUUACGUUUGGAUUAUGGGUAAAUUAUAUGUAACCUAAGAGAUCCAAAACCCAUUGCCUUGUAAAAUGAGAGCUCCACUGCACAUUUAGAUAAGACCAAGAAUGUCCCUCUCAGCCUCGUCUGCCAUGUCAAUGGGACUCUGCAUCCAGAUCUCUCCAAGUGCUCUCUUUAAAUGCAUUGAAGUCCAUAAAACCACAUUUCCAUGUUUUCACUACAAUUUGCAAAUUUUGCACAUUUUUGCUGAACAUUUUUGAAGUACGCUGUGGAGUUAUAACCAAUUCCUGGCAGCUUUUAGGUUCCUAUGCAUUUCUGAAUGUUUGAAAAUGAAUUAACAGACACGUGAAAUGUUAACUUUGGCCAGUGGUUUCAAUUUAAAGAAAGCAGUGGCUAUCUGGAAAGAUUUCUGAAGAACACUGGUGUACUUUAAAUGUGUAGGAGGUUUUUGGUGGUCCAACUAAUGCAAAUAAAGAAAGCUGUGGUGAGGUAAUGCAGGAUAAGGGUGUGGCGUGACCUUGACAUCAAAUUUGUGUGUUGCAAGAAAAUAAUAUAUAUUCUGAAGUGAUUACAUUUUUUAGUCAAUAUUAAAUCUUAAAGAGUUUGAAUUGUAUGUACAUUCUUUAAAGGGGACCUUAAUUUUGCAGAGAUAUAUUGCGCUACUUAAAAAUGCUUUAGAAUGUAAAACCCUUAUUGAUAAAAAUGACAGAGGAGUUGGAUUCUAUUUAUUUCUACUUUAUUAGUAACUCUGUCAGAGUAAGAGCAUAUUGUGCAAGCUGCCCUCUAAAAAAGAAAAUGGAAAUGUUUUCAUUAUCAAAUGUAUCAUUAAAUGAAUGUUUAGACACACUUUUUUAUGUCUGUUUUUUUAUGAUGACUCGAAAUAUAAGAUGUGUUUUAUGAAGAAGUAAAUAAGAAACACAAUUUUUGUAUUGUAAUAAUAAUUGAUGUGAUAUGAUUUUGUUUGUUAAAUUUGGUUUGAUAAUGCCUAAACUGCCUUUUCCUUUGCUGCUGGUUUCAGCAGUUUACUACAAUAAUAAUGGUUUAUGUGGUGUUUUGUGCUUUUAUAAGUACUUGAUGUCUUUUAGCAUCUCCCAUGACACAGAGGUCAUAGAGACUGUUUUGCUGUUCACUGAUUAUUUUUUUUGUUAAGCCUAAACCUUUUAGAUAUGUUUCAAGUAUUAGGAAAAAUAUAUUAAUUUAUUAAUGUAUUAAUUGAUUAAUCAUAUGCGAAAUUUAUAGUCUACAAAAAAAAUCUUCACAAUGACAAGACGAAGAAGAACGAAUUUCCCAUUUAUAAUUUCCCUGAUAUAUAAAAAAGCAUACACUAUUAUAAACAAUGUAUUUAACAUUUCCUUUACCCUUGUACUGUACCAUAGCAUUCGAUUACUUAACUGGACGGUUUGCAGUGGUUUCAGUCGUAUAGGGGGCCUGUGCAACAUGUUAACAUGAACUCAGAAGACUUAGUGAAAUCACUGAGACUUGAAGCUUGUUAGUGCUCAGGAAUGCCUGACUAUGGAAAAGCAAAUGGCAAACAAAAUGAAAACAAACUUUCGUGACGCUGAUGCACUGCUUUCACUUUCUGAAAUUCAGCCAAAUGUUCUGCAGACUCGAGUGGCAUCAAUAAGCUCACAGUUUGUGCUUUUGGGGAAAAUAAACUUUGGUCUUUUUCUGUGUGUGUUUCAUGCAGCCAAAGUUUGAAGACAUUUCGUUAAAUUGAAUUAUACCCAAGGGUAGCUUUGGGCAUCAUGAUGUCAUGUUUAUGCCUUCUGAAGUGGCAGAUUUUGGCCUGUUCAGUUUCAGCUUUUUUGUGUGUUUGAUCAUGUUCAGUCACAUUAAGGCUCAAAAGGUUGAGAAUUAGUUCAAUUCAAUCAUAUAUUUUAGAAUUGUCUUUUUUUAAAGUCAAGUUGUAGGUCUUUCAAGGUUGCUCACAUGACAUUGGCAGCAGUACUUAUAGAAUUAGCCUGACUGAUCAACUCAUGACCAGCUUCUCCACUUUUGCAGAACCAUGCAGGAGCUAUUGUGGCUGGAAUUUCCAGCAGAAAGCCCACCAAACCACAGUGAACUUUUAACAUUUUCUCCACAGCAUGAGCCAGUGUGCAAGGUCAUCGUAGGAAGGCUAAGACACCCCCUGCUACUUAGGAGCACACCUAUUUAUUUUUAUUUUUUCUCCUGUGGCACCAUGCAGCCCCAGGUAACUGCCACUGACCCUCGAGCGAACCAAAGCUAUGCACGGUGUGCAUCGCAGGUGGUGUAGCUCAGGGUGGAGAUGUGGAGGUGGAAGAUGGGCUUUGGUUAGCGGUAAUAUAAUUCUUACA